UAUAUAUACUUGAACGCACGCGCAUUCUGCCCUACCACUCCCUGGUCCGCCCCCAUCUCAGUUUCAAACUCACCCCAAAAUAGUCGGACUGGCUAAGGUGUUUAGCUAGCAGUGGGCUAACGCGGACUUAAAGCCGGCUCUAGAUUUAUCAAAUAUCCAUUGUCCGGUGUCCAUUUGUAGCUCAAGAUGGCCGGCUUAAGAGCACCUCGCGCUGGUUCUGCCAGGGAAAACCAAAUCAAGGUUGAGAACUCUUUCGACUCCGAGGAAGCCUUGAAAUGCCUGGCCUGGAUCAGAGAAAUCACGGGGGAACCCAUCAACCUGGAGAGCGUCCUGGACAACAAGCACAAAGUCUCCGAGUUUUUCUACAGGACUUUGAAAGAUGGGAUAUUGCUGUGCAAAUUAGUGAAUGCUAUCGUUCCAGACGACAUCCAGAUUAACAUGAAGAGUCAGACGUUUAAGAAGAGUAACAAUGAUGCUUUUGAAUCAGCCAAAGAAAGAGCGAGAAUCGAACUUUUCUGCCAAAAGAUUCAAGAAUUUGGAGUGCCUGAGAAUAUGUCUUUUCAGACCGACAGCCUUUAUGAGAAAACCAACUUACCCCAAGUCUGCGCCGCCAUCAGGAAUUUCGGAAUAGAGGCUGAGAGUCGCCCGAGUUUCUCUGGCAGCAGGACGUGGCCGAAAAGAGCCGAACAGAACCGAAGGAAUUUCUCUGAAGAGCAGCUCCGUGCCAGCGAGGGCGUCAUCAACCUUCAGAUGGGGAGCAACAAGGGAGCCACUCAGUCUGGCAUGACCUUCGGCAAGAAAAGGAUGAUCACCAAGGAUUAGUCUUCUCCUAAUAUGUAUUUCAUUUCAGUUAGAAUAAUAAAAUGUGUGUAAAAAAACAAAGUUUUAAUAUAUCACAAGAGAUAGACGUUAUUUACAUUGAUAUUCUGUUCACAACUAAAAACUUAUUCUUCGAGCACAACUCAGAAAUGAAUUUCAAUAGCUCAAAAAAAAAAAAAGGCAACAUCUCAAAGCCCGGUUAACGGUCCACGGCUAAACAUGGCUGCACAUUGGAGGAAUAAUAUUGUGAAAGUCCAAGCAGGAAUGAUGUACUUAUUUCUAUCUUAAUAAGUGACUGGUAUAAUUUUAUACCGACUGGCUUUCCCUGUCGAUUGAUGUCAACAAAUUAAAUCAAAUGUAAUUUAUUUCUCCUCCCAAAUACAUAGACCCUGAAGACUUUCACGAUAGUUCCUUUAGUGUGCCGUGAAUGUGAGGUGAAAAAAAAGAGAUCAACUAGCACUGUAGUUACUGUGUCUAUAUGUUAAUUGAUAUUUUAGUAUUAAAAUCGAAUUCAUUUUAGCAGACGAUAGAAACGGCUAUGAAGUUUCUAAGCUGUGCUCGACAAUCGAGACAAAAUUUUCAAAUUUGUGAUCUUUUCAAAAGAAAUUGUUUCGAGGAUAAAUAUCUUCAAAUCGUCUUGUCUUUGUAAGUUUGAAUACUCGUUCAUGAAAAUCCAUAAAUUUAAACAAACUAAUGUUUUUCAAUAAAAUUCAAAUUUUGUACAGUCAUUUUAAGCAAACUAAACUGAAUAGAAAUUGAUCUUGGUUGGAAAACAUAAAGGUAUACAUACUUACACUAUAAUAAAUAUCCAACGCAGAAUUGAAAAGCUUCUCAGCCUAUGUGCUAUAAGAGUACGAUUCAAAACGUUAUUUAUACAACUGUCCUGAGACUGUGUGUUUUAGAUGCAUUGUAUCUUUCAAAGCAUUUCGUUUUUCAUUCAGUAAAUUAUCAUAUACUUAAUACAAUUUAAAUGCAAACAUUUUGACAAACAGGAACCAUAUAAAUACUAUACGCGUAUUGAUUAAAAGUAAGGCAUAAUUUAACUGUUUAAAUAAAAUUAAUUUGUUAGUAAUAUAUAAUAUAAUGGGGGCGCGAUGGUCUUCGCAAUGGCUGAGUGGUUAAGCACUUCUGAACAUGGGGUCCUGGCUUCGAAUCUCGGUGAAGACUGGGAUUUUUUAAUUCGCGAUUUUUAGAGCGCCCCUGAGUUCACCCAGCUCUAAUGGGUACCUAAAUUUAGUUAGGGAAACUCGUUGUGCUGGCCACAUGAAACUCUGCUCGUUAGCCGUUGGCCACAGAAACAACCUUAACAUCACCUGCCCCAUUGAUCGAAAGGUCGGAAAAGGUGAACUUUACUUUGUCCUUUAAAAUAUAUAAGGAUUUAACUAAAUAAUAUGAUAAAACAAGAUAAUAUGUUAUACUUAAAUUUUACUUAUAUACUACGAAUUUCCAGGAUACUAGGGUAAACUUAGUUACUCAUCACUAUGUCACGUUUUGUGCACGCUUGAGUUGAUUCAAUGUUUAGUUGAUAUCGUUUGAUACAAUAAAUUAACAUUUGUAUAAAUGUUCAUGUUUUAAUGUUCAUUGGAGAUGGUCUAUUUUUAUGUUGUGGUUAUUUCAGGGUGGUAUGUUUUAUGCUAUUGUUGCUUUGUUAUUUUACAACACAAUGCUACCAGUAAUGCCUAUGCAAUAAAAUGUUGUUUUAUAAAGUA